UUGGACUUAAACCAUGUUUGCGUAUUUUAUCGGAUCGGUUGUUAUUUUGUGUAUCGGUAUUAAAUAUAUAAUUUUAAAUAGACUUGAGAAAUUGCAAGCAGAUUACAACUCUCUGACUAUUCAUGAUGCCAAAGACGGUGUCUGGACACAGUGGGGAUCAUGGGACUCGUGCAGUGCAACGUGUGGUGGUGGUAUAAAAUCUCGAACCAGGACUUGCUCUGAUCCAACACCAUCACCUUUAGGAAAAUUCUGUGACGGCGAAGGCAUACAGUAUGGACCGUGUAGUCAGAAUGCAUGUCCGUGUGCAGAUUUAACAUCCAAUAUUGAAACUGUACUACAAAGACGAAAAACCGAUGUCGCAUUUACAGCCUAUUUGUCCAAAGAGGCCUCCCAGCUCAGCGAUGCUCAGAUCAUUCCAUUCGAUGAAGUGAUAUUGAACGAAGGACAAGGUUUCAACACUAACACCCACAUGUUCACCUGUCCAGUUACCGGUACAUAUACAUUUCAGACUGCUUUGCUGUCUCCAGGGAGUGCCAUCGCUAUAACGGAGAUUGUCAAAGAAGGGAACCGGCUCGUUCAAGCUCAUGCGGAACCAGGCGCAACUCAUGCUCAAGGGUUUAAUUCCGUGGUUACGAAAUGCAACGAGGGCGAGAACGUGUGGGUUCGAAUUUGUGUUCAUGGGAAUGCAGUUUAUAGUGACAGAUUCACAACAUUUUCCGGCUUUCUUCUGUGGGAAGGAAAAUAGAAG